AUGGACCUAUUAAUAGAUAAUGUAAUCAAAUAAAUAGAAGAAUUUGUAGAUGCAAAAUUACAAAAACUUUAAUAAAAAAUAUAUUAAAAAAUUGAACUAUAAGAUGCGAUGAUCAAGUUUAUUCUUGAAAACUUUAAUGCAUUAAAAGAAAGUUAGUAAACAAUGGAACCCAAAUCACAUCGAACAAAACAUUCAGUUAGCUAAUCUUUAUAAAUACUCAAAAUUCUUAAUACGUGUAGUGUUUGUAAUCUCGACAUAAUUGAAACAUCAGAAGAAAUUGAAACAAAUUGUCAUCAUUUUUAUCAUGAAAAAUGUCUUUAAAAGAAAGUCAAAUAACAAAUAGAGAUGGGAUUCAUCACUGGAAAUUGUGUUGGACGACUUUCUAAUACUAAUAGAUUAUGCUAUGGCAAAAUAAGAAUUUAAGAUUGCAAAUUUGUCGAUUAAAGUAAAUUAACAAAUAUUAAUCUCAACCAUCAAGCAUUAAAACUAAUGGGACAAUUCACUACUUGUCCCAUGCACGAUUGUAAUUAUUUUUUUCGUUUGAAUGAAAAUAUCGAAAGCAAAAUAAAUUUUUGCAAUAAUUGUAAUAAAUGUUUCUGUUAUAAUUGCCUUGAAUUUUGUUAAAAAUAACACAAAUGCCAAAGUACUAGGAAAUUUUCACAAAUUAUUUGUAAAUUGUGCAAUAAAUGCGGGAUAUUACAAAUAAUCUAAAAAAUGAAACCAUAAUUAGCAUGCACCCAAUGUUAAAACAUGAUAUUUUUAUGA